ACACAGGUAUAACACAGGCAGAGAUUGAGGACAAGUUUAACAGGUGGGUAAGUGGCUGCGGUAGAUACACUCGCUCAGGUGGGGAGAUUAUACGAUUAUCUUUCACAUCUAUUGUUCUUCAGCCAUAGAGGUAUUUCAGACGAACUGAUAAGGACUGUUCAUUCCCUCACACGACAGUCGUUAUAUAGAUGUUGAUUGGUCAUGUUGAUGCCGUUGCAUUUAAACGCGAGCAUACCACCAACAUCGUACACAAGACCACAAUACAAACUUGUGGUAAAAUGUCUUGACAAAUCAAUAGGGUGGCAUAAAAAAAAUACCCGCAGUGGCGUAACUAGGGUAAGUGACUCCCUGGCGGGCCAACAUUUUUGCCGCCCCCCUUACUGGAAAAAAAAAACAACUGCAGUUGGCAGAAAAUACCACCCCGCCACGUAAGCAAAAAGUGACGUUAUGGGAUUGCCCCCUCCCCCCCCCCACCUUUCCACGCGAUAGCACGCAUUACUGUUGCAUAAGGGAUUUUCAGACACAAAGUUGCACAAGACACGCCUCUUGGAAUGUAACUUUUACAUUACAUUUCGUGAAUUUAAGUAAGUAAGGAAUAGGUUAUAAACAUGCUUUACAGUAGUGUUGCUGGAUGGUUCAACACCGGUCAUAAAAAAGAUAUUUGUGGGGGAAAGGUUAAAUACACAAUAUUUUUUUUUACUCUUGAAAGCUGUGGUAGGAAUAAAACUGUUUGAAUAUUUUGUGGUAUUAAAAAAAAAUAAGUAGGCGAUAUGAUAACAUGCCAAUUGGAAUCCCACACAUGAAGUAGAUUGGUAUAUUAACAGUGCAUUCACAUGACAUUUAUCAAAUCUACAGUUAACAAUGUAUCAUUUAAAUGAGGAACACAGCCAACCAGAGGCACCAGCAUCCAACGGCACGACCAAGAACCCGGCCAACCUCACAGCCCACCCCACAGCCCACCCAACUGCCCACCCCACAGCCCACCCCACAGCCCACACCACAGCCAAUGCGACAGGAAAGAACAAAUCCACCCUCAAAGCUAAACCCCCAAUGCCACCCAACCAGUCCACCCCACAGCCACACAACCAGGCCACCCCACAGCCACCCAACCAGUCCAUCCCACAGCCACCCAACCAGUCCACCCCACAGCCACACAACCAGGCCACCCCACACCCACCCAACCAGACCACACCAGUCCACCCCACAGCCACACAACCAGGCCACCCCACAGCCACCCAACCAGGCCACCCCACAGCCACCCAACCAGGCCACCCCACAGCCACCCAACCAGUCCACCCCACAGCCACACAACCAGGCCACCCCACAGCCCACCCCACCCCACAGACCACCCCACAGCCACCCAACCAGACCACUCAGUUAACCUGUAUAUUUCUGUUACAGAUGUAGGAGGGUGUCGGUUUCCCGAAAUAGCGCAUGCCGAGAUGUACACGCCGUCUCUUCUAGUUACUGGAGAUCUGUCACUAAAGGCUCCUGGACGGACGAUGAGGAUUUUAAACGGAUGAACCUGGCGUCAGAGUAUGUCAAGAUUUUAGUAUUAAAAAAAAACAAAAAAACCGAAUGGAUCAAAGUACCUCCUUCUCAUUGUUCAUAGUUAAAAAAAUCCAUAAAAACAAAGUUUUUCGGUAUAAAACCUUUAUAAAAUGUAAUAUUUAGAAAAAUAGGGGGGGGGGGUGAGGUUGUUUAUUUGACCUACUAAUAAUUAAAAUAACGCAAUUUAUAUGAACCUCAUUUAGUGCCCCCCCCCCCCCAGCCUCCCAAUCAACCAAUUUUUUGUCACGCCCUGAACUACAUUAAUAUUCGAAUGACCCACCCUCUUUUAACACCGUAGAUUUAUUUCACAAAAUACCCCAGAAAACACAAGAGGUGGGGUUGGGGGCUCAAAGGGACGUUUAAGUGUGAUAGUUUCUUAAAAAAUGUGGUCUUCUUUCAUAAUAAAACUGGUUUUUUUUUGUUUUUUUAAUCUUGAAACUUGUAUUCACUUAAAUUUGUCGGCCAAGCUUUUUUUAUUGUUGAUACAUUCACUUUCAGUUGUGUCUCUUAACAAUGAUGAUUGCUAAAUUUUACAAAGUUGAAGGCGUCAUUUAGUCUAUGCCACUUUUCCCUAGCUUAAGUGCAAAAGUGACUCUUUGUCUUGCUAGCGUAACGUUUUUUUGUGGAUGAUGGUUGUGACAGUUCUCAAGUUGAAAGUUAUGUGUCGAAAAGGCAAGGUUUGUGGACAUCUAGAUGACGUGUAACACAAAUCAACAGAAAUAAACUUAAACUUAGUGUACAUCAAAUAGACUUAACACCACGUCUAGGCCCAGGAACCAGUUUAUUCUCAUUUGUAUCGUGCAAUUUUGAUUUAAACCCUCUCUAGCUGUGUAUUUCUCGCCGGUGACCUCAUUCAUCCGAAAAUUUUAAUGUUCGCUUUUAUCGGUUUCCGUUAGAAUUAUUAUUAUUAUCCCCCCCCCCAAUCGUUUUCACGCCAAAGCUAAGACCACCCCCCCACCCCUCGCCCGACCGCCUUCAAAUUUUCCUCGAAAAAAUCCAACAAGCUACACGCUUUUAGAAUUAACAUUUAACCAUACCCUUGACAAUUUUGUAUAAUCCAUAUUCCACCCAGAUGCUGUGCUUUCAAUCACACAGAGCUCAUGGCACCCGCACCUCGUUCUGAACUGUACCCGUGGGAACGGGAAUAUCUAUCCCUACCCCCGCUGUACACCUUGUCAGAUAUUGCAUCGGCUGACUGGUCAGUCAUCAACCUGCUGACCAAUACAAGCGACGGUUCACUGACUUUGGGGUCAGAGGUUGCGUUUAAGAUACUACUGUUCAACGGUCGAGGAGAAAGAAAGACAAGCGGUAAGUUUAUGAGAACCUUUUAAAACAAUAUUCUUGACCUACUUUUGAGAAAUGAUAUUUGAAACUGAAAGUGCCUGGGACCAUGAUGUUCCCUUGGGUUAUCCAGCUGCGUGGAGAGGGGCGAUUUGCUGUGUGGGAGCCAGAUUAUAAUCCUAAAAAGAAUAAUUCAAGGCCUUGCAGAUUUUUUCCUGCUUACUCUACUCUACACCAUCGUCAAAUUGUGACGGACAGAUGCCAACAAAAACAUAGAACCAAAUUUCCAAGUCUGAAGCGUUAUUUAAUACAAAACAUUUAAUGGGUGUAAAUUCUUGAAAAAAAUGUAUCGUAAGUUCUCCCCCAUAAUACAAUAGACCAAUCACAACUCUUCAAUGUAUCUCGUUUCUAAGCUUUUUUUUUUCUCACUCAUGCCAUUUAAUUCUAAUCUCACUCCAUCGGCCAGUUUAUGGCCAUCUUCUUUUCAGUCUUUACAGAACCGUUGGUAGGACCCUGCAUGUCGCAGAUGUCUUUAUAAAUUUAAGGGACCUUAAGUAGUGAUAAGGGAAAUAAACUAUCCAUUUUAAUACAAGAGGGCGGAUGCGUACUUUUAUAUAGUUUUAAAAAGUUAAUCGGCUUUUAAGAUUCGGCACGUUAAAUGAACCUGAAGCUAUGGCGAAAAGAGACACUUUAGCUAACCCCAAGAUAGAGGUUCUAUAAAAAAAAUAAUUCAAUUAAACAGUCAACUUAGCAUUUCAAAUUUAUCCCAUAAAUAUAGAACGGAAUUUGACAAAAAUGUUACUUUUAAAAAUGGUAGUAUAGGCGUCUCCUAACGCAAAAAAAAAAAAAAAAAAAAAAAAAAAAAUCUUAAAUAUUUAAAAAUGUUACUUUUAAAAAUGGUAGUAAAGGCGUCUCCAAACGCAAAAAAAAAAAAAAAAAAGACAAAGACUGAAUCUUUAAUAUUUAAAUGCACUUAGCAUUUAAUGUGACAAAGUAAAGACAUUUAAAUUCAAUUGUGGUCUCAUUAUAAUCCCUUGCAAAACGCGAACAUUAUAACAUUCUAUAGAAAUAAUUUUGGGCCCUCUACACCAACCCAGAAAAAAAAUUGAGAUAUUAUUAUUUUAAAUCCAUCAAUACCUUUAAAGAGGUUUUGAUCGUUUGUUUAAAAAGCCAACUUUUGUUUAUAAGAAACUCAUUUUUUUUUAAAAUGUUAGUUUUUUCUACACAAGCCAUAGUUGAUGUAUUAUUUUAUUUGAAGGGAAAUACAAUUUCUAAACUCCUACACCCAUUAGGAAACUCUCUAGAAACUUUAAAAUAUGUCACUCAGUUUUUAUCACAUUGAAGAUAAACACACAGACUUAUUGAAACAUAAGAAACAUUUACAAAGGAUAUUUAUGUAAUCGUACAACCCUUUUAAUACAAUUGAUCUUCAUGAAACUUCAAUUAUCUUUUAUUAUGGAAUAUUCAGGGAAGGCUGCCAUUUCUUUGCUGCACUCAUCAAUUCAUAUAGAGGCCUAUAUGUUUUCUGAGCCUACUUUUAUUAAAAUUUAUCAAGCUUAAUUUAUGUCAAAUAGAAAUCAUGACCCCUGACCCCUGAAGUGGUGAACAUUUUUCGUUUAAACACACUCCAGUUUUUCAAUAUAGUUUUUUCAAGUGCAUGUUAACUAUGAUUCGUCUAGAUCCUUCUUAUUCUUCUAUAUUUUGAGGGACCAAGAUCAAUGUAUUGAUCAUUCUGGCUCCUAUGCCUUUUUUGUUGUCCUUUUUUGUUUUGUUUCGUAUCUUGCACUACAUUGCUUUGUAAGACUACCCACCGGUCCCAUAUAAAAUUGAGACAUAAACUUAUUGUCAAUGGUAUUUAAGAAUCUGAUUAUGAAUGUACAACAUCUACUUAAUUUUUAAUUUUAAAAAAGGAAAAAAAUUAUCUAUAGACUGACAUCGUGCCUUUUAGACAUUGCUAAAUUCCUUAUGUAGCUAUAUCUUAACUUGCGAAUCUUCUUUCACUACAGACAUUUUCUAUGUAAAUUUGCUAAUGCAAUUUAUUUUAAAAAAACUGUGUGAAACUUCUAAUCAAAUGUUACCCCCCCCCCUUUUUACCUGUAGACCACCUAAUAAACUAUACAUUCUUAAAAUGGUACAUCGCGUACUUCCGUAUAUUUUUCAAGAAUGGUAUCGCAUUAAACAGCUAAUCUUUUGUUUAAAAGGUUAAUCCAAAUAUUUUUUUUUUUUUUUUUUUUUUUUUUUUUUAAAUUCAAUUUUUUUUUUUUUAAAAGGUUAAUCCCAAUAUUUUUUUUUUUUUUUUUUUUUUUUUUUUGCAAGCUCAAUGUUCUGCGAACAUAGAGUCAAACUGUAUUCAAAAUGCAUGUAACAAAAAUCACCUCAGCCGUGGCAUACCUUGAACAAAUGUCACCCGUGGCAAACUUCUGAUAGUGCGCCCUAUUGACACGUCUUUAAUAAUAUUUGUUUUUAAAAUGCUUCUUUAAAAGCGUGCCGCAAACCGACUAUGAUCUAAUACAUAUUUUAGGGCGCAUCGUUCUGAGUGAAGGCAGUAAAUAUGCGUAACCAAGAAAAUCAACAACAAAAAAUACUCCUUUUGAAUGACUCAUAUUUUUACAGCGCGGCACUUACAAGUCAUUUGAGAAUAACGUUAUGUACGAUUUAGACCAUACAUUUUAAAGAAUUGUAAAUACAGCUUUUGGAAUAAAGGGAUUUGGUCCAAACUUUCCAGGAACCACUCUGUUGGUUGGAGGAAAUGACCAUUUCAGAUUUGUUUGCGAUCCAUCAUGUGGUCCUCUAAUUAUAAAGUAACACGUUCAAAUUCCUACAGACAAAAACAAUCACAUAAACUUUAUACAGCAGAUUUAUUAUAAAUUGUUAAUUUAUAUUUGUUGAGUUUUGGGGGAGGGGGUUUGGGGUAGGAUUAAUUUAAUUAAACGCACCUUGCUAUAUACAUAAUUCAUAAACCUGAAGAGAAAUAUAUUCUAAUUGGUUUUGUUAGUUUUUCAACUCCUUUCGUUCUGAUUGACAAGGCCGCUCUCUUAUUCUACGUUCACAUCGACUCUGCAACAAAAGGCGGAGACAGCGUGUGGGUCUGGCUGGUCACGAACGAACUCGGCGCGUCCAUCGCUGCUGACGUCGUGGACAACAAAGAUGGCAGCUACACGGCGACCACCGUCUUGCCCUGGAGUGGGAGAGUUCAGGUCAGGGCAACAAUCUCACACCACAGGGAGCUGUUCAGGACGAAUUUGUACAUUCAAGUAAGUUACGUUUGUGGCAGUGAGAGACAGCAAUGGCUGCAUCGAUCAAUCAAAAUCAGCGUGGAAUACGUCAUAGGGAAUAUAAACCAGUGGUUCUCAACCUUCUUGAUGCUGCCACCCUUUAAUACAAUUCCUCAUGUUGUGGUGACCCCCAAAAAUAAAAUUAUUUUCGUUGCUACUUCAUAAAUAUGUGUUUUACGAUAGACUUAGGCGACCCCUGUGUAAGGGUCUUUCGAUCCCAAAAGCUUGAGAACCGCUGAUAUAAACCCAUGACAUAAGUUAAGAACAUAAAAAAUAUAUAAACUUUAUUUUUAUGUAUAGCUGCCAGGGCCGGGAUUAAGGUGAGCAUAAAACUGUGCUUCAAACUGAUGCAAAUGAUAAUAUUUAGGGAAUACAAAAAAAAAAACGGAAACUUUAUACAGUGGGAUGAAAAGGUAUCGACCUGAAUCAGGUACAAAUACCUCUGUAAGCAACACAGUGUAUGGAAAAAAAAAUGCUGUUACAAUUCUUCAAAAGUUCCAUCACAGCUGAGUGCACAUUUCUUGAAACGAAACUAACCCAUCUGAGCCGCAUUGUCGCGGCCCUAAUCAUCAUAAUUAUCAUAGUCAUCACAGUCAUCAUAGUCAUCAUAGUCAUCAUAAUUAUCAUAGUCAUCACAGUCAUCAUAGUCAUCAUAGUCAUCAUAAUUAUCAUAAUCAUCGUAAUCGUCAUAAUCAUCAGACUCAUCAUAUGAUUACAAGCAUCAUAAUUAUCAGAAUCAUCAUGGCCAGCAGAAUCACCAGACUCAUCAUACUCAUCAGAAUCAUCUUAAUCAUCAGACGCAUCAUAAUCAUCAGAAUCAUGGUAAUACAUUAGCUAAGUGUGUCAUAUCAGUCUGGUAACUGUGGUAGAUAAAGCAAACUAUAAACUAUGUGCGAUAAAUGGACACUGAAAAAAGUUGAUGUGUUCCCGUCUUAUUGGAUUGUUUGUAAGUUGAGUCCCGUCUGUGUCUUUUUAGUUGACUGUAAUGUGAGUCCACUUGGAUAUGUUACGCCAACAAUGAUGUCUACUCGGAUGUGUUACUGUGGUGCCAUUCUUGAUAAGGCUUUGAUCUGCUUGGAUAUGUCACGUGCACUUGUAUGUGUCGAGUCCAGUUGGAUAUGUCACAUUCACUUGGAUAUGUCACGUGUACUGGAAUGUGUCACGUCAGAAUAUGAAAUAUUUUAGUGUUUGUUUAUAUUAAAGCUUUUCUGUGUCUUUUUCGUAUUAUUCCGUUAAAUUUGAAACAUGUUCCUGUCUUUGCAGACGGACAAAUCCCUUUAUUUCUUCCCAUAAAUAAACACAAUUAAACUACACAAUCUAAAAAUUACAAUUCUCCAGCGGCUAUUCACAACCUCCCACUGGUUUACUGCAAAAUUUAAAAACAACGCAGGCU